CUGUGUUUGCUGUUAAAUGUAGCGUCCUGUUGCAAGCCUGUAGCUUUUCUUGCACUGUUUAUUACUAAUAAUAAUAAAGUUAGUUUACAGGGUAGAUAUCUGUGUGCUUGUGAUGUAAUUACAUGUUAUGUGACUGUUACGUAAUAGCGGUGGAUGUGGCAAGUUACACAAACAGUGAGUGAGGAGGGGAAAAGAAAAACCAAACCCGAACACCUCUGAGAGCUUCGCAGUCCAGAGCACUGCAGCCACAGAUAUGGAGAACCACAGGCCCUUUGUUGUGCUGCUCUUCUUUGCCUUUGCAGUCGGUUUUAUCGCCGUUGUGUUCGUCCUGAGGUGGGUUUUACACUUCCGGGAGGGUUUAUCCUGGGAUGGAGGAGCCAAGGAAUUCAACUGGCAUCCUCUUUUGGCUGUGACUGGGUUUAUUUUCCUUCAAGGAAUCGCGAUUGUUGUGUACAGACUUCCAUGGACUUGGAAAUGCAGUAAGCUGAUGAUGAAGUUCAUUCAUGCUGGCCUGAAUGUGCUGGCUUUUGUCCUGGUUGUCAUUUCUCUGGUAGCAGUGUUUGACUUCCACAACAUGCAGAAUAUCCCAAAUAUGUACAGUUUGCACAGCUGGGUGGGAUUAGCUGCAGUCAUACUGUUCGCACUGCAGAUUGUGCUAGGAGUUUGCGUCUUCCUCCUGCCUGUAAGCCCAGGAUAUGUGCGAGCUGCGUUUAUGCCUGUACAUGUAUUUAGUGGUCUGUUCAUCUUUACCACUGUGAUUGCUACUGCACUCAUGGGCAUCACUGAAAAGCUCAUAUUUGGCCUGAAAAAUCCAAGUUACAAAGAUUCUCCUCCAGAGGCCACAUUUGUUAAUGUGCUUGGAUUGCUGAUCACCGUGUUCGGGGCACUCAUAUUGUGGAUCGCGACCCGGCCCAACUGGAAGAGACCCAGUGAGCAGCUCCUGCAAACUCUGCACAAUGAACCAGCAUCAGUCGGCACCAGAACAGACACGGCAAUGUCUGACACGCCUGACUCCGAGCCUAACAGUGAGGCCCGCAAACGAAAUGGCAAAACAGUCGAGUAAGAACCAGUGUAUGAGAAGAAAUUGUCUGUUUGCUGCACUUAUCAUUCCAGAGCAGGCAAAACAUCUCUUCAGCGAUUUAAAUUUAAACAGAUUCUUUUUUGGCCAAAAGGGAUUUUGUACACCUUUUACCUACAGUAGAUACAGAAGUGCAUAUUUUUUAUUUUAUUUUUUACACAAGAGGUGUUGCAUAUAUCUCAUAUACCUAUUUUUAUAUAUGAGAUUACAGUACACAGAAAGCAAGAUUUCACUGUUUUUGUAAAUUUUAAAUGAACUCCUGAGUCUCUCUCAGAUUGAACUGCAGCCUUUCAGGAAAUGAAGUAUUUUCCUAUUGCCUUAUCAGAUUAGUCUCUGUUUAGCUAAUAGUCACUUAUUAAUCUGCAACAUUAUCAUACAAAGGUUACAGUAUAAUACCUAAAGAUAUACCUUACUUUUUCAGUUCAUUGUUCUACACUGAGAAGUGGGGUGGUGUGUGGGUUUUUUUUUUGGGUCAAGCUACAACAGACUAGCUUUUGGACAUUUAGCAAAAGGUCCGAAUAUUCUAAAGAACUUAAAUACAGCAGCACUAACCAGUUUCUUUGACCAGCAAGAUAUGCACAUAUUAAGACCUGGAUUGUUGAUGUGUUUUGCUUUACAGAGAACUCAAAGUGCUGUUCAACAUAUUUGUUGUCUGCUGGUGUCCUUUUCCUUGUGGUCUUUUAAUGAGGUUCCGCUCAGAGUCAACUCCAAAUAACAAUUAAAGAACACUAUAUCAAGAA